AUGAAUUUGAGUUCACUCAAAAAUCAAAUAACAGAUGUCAAAAAGUCAAACAUAGACAUACAGAAACAAAUAAGUGAAAACGAAAAGAAACUAGAAUAUGACAGACACACAAAGAAACUCAAUGAGUUAAACGUAGAGAAAAAGAAGAAAGAAGAACAACUGAAAGAACUAAGUACAGAGGAAUAUGCGAAAAAAGUGUCAGAAAAAGCAGCAGAAGUAGCAAAAAUGGAACAAGAUGUUAUAAAUUUGAAAAACCAUACUACUCAAUAUAAAGUACUGAAAGAUGAAGAGAUAAAACAAAAAGCCAUGAAGACAUAUAUGGAUAGCGAUGAGUAUAAAAAAGAAGUUGAAGCAAAUGUAAAGGCAGAAAAACUUUUACAGUUGCAAAACCAAACCGUACAGUAUGAAAACUUAGCACAAGAAAGUAAAAAUAACGACGCAGCCAUGCAAAAGGCAAUGAAAAGCGCAGAAUAUAUAAAAGCUAAUAAUGACUGGUUAGAUGCCCAAGCCAACGCCAAAGCAGCCCAACUUAUAUGGUCAAUAAGGACAAAAAUACAAGCGGAUGAAGACAGUUCAAAUGAAGCUUUAAUGAAUGCUGACUUUAAGAAUGCCUUCGAAGCUCUUCAUA